CUAGAACUAGACCAUUAAUAGUAGAACUUUAGUUAUGGAACUUAUAAACAAUUACAAAGUUUUUUUUAUCUCUUAAUUAUUUCAGAUUCAGGAGCUAUGAGCUUAAGCCCAGAUGUACCUCAGCCUCAGCUACGGCUCUUGAAUAUUCAAGUCUAUAUUCACUGAUCCUGGCCGGAUAGCCGUGGCAGCUAAGGCCAUUUAAAUGAAGAGAAGAAGAAGAAGCAAUUAAUCGUUGUUUGUAGUUUGUAAUAAUAAUUUUGUAAAAUAUUUUCAUAUAAGGUUGUGAAGUUUUAGAAAACCAACAAGAAAAUUUAGGCGAUAAUGUGAUAUUUAUAAAGAGAUUUUCCAAAUCGAUCACCAAAGAAUUGAAUAAGGAAUCAAUUUAAAAUAUUUUUUUACUACUACUUAGAACAAAUUUGUUAUAGGUUACAAUCUUAAGAUAUUUUUGUAAAACCAACAUAAGUUGAAAAGCGGCCAUGGUCAUCGAAGAAGCAAGAUACACCUAUCCAACUCAACUCACUAACAGUUUUGAUAGAGAAAACUGGACCAUAUCUACUGAGCAUUGCUAUGCCAGACCAUGGGAUUGGAGACCAGAAGCAAGCUUUUUAAGACCUACCAAGACAUUAUUUAUGCCGAAACUAAUUCCUACGAAACCAGCAAUACCCGAAACAGAAGAACUGAUAGAUGUUGAAGCUGAAGUUGAAGUGCCAGUCCCUAAUUAUGAUGUGGCUAAGGCAAAAACUCUAAUGAAUGAAUGUGAAAACCAAGCAAUUGCUGCAAGAACAGAUAUAGAGGUAGACUGGGAGGAAUUGGUGUCAAAAUCAAAUUGGACGAGUAAUCAAAAUAAGGUUUUUAAUGGUAUGGUCAACAUUCUCAAUUACUUCAAUCUUUCUAAAUUGGCAUAUAGUGGAAGCCAAAAUGAACCACUUUUAAGAAGAACAGUGAUAGACAAGGGCGUGCAAAGAGUGAGGCGACUUUUGGCUUCUGUAUCAUGGGAACUCAAGUUAAUUCAAUGGUUACACCAGACUAUGAUUGAGAAUCUACCUGCGCCAUAUUUGGGGAGUUAUCUUGAUAUUUUACAGACUCUUAAAUCAAAACUUCCCAAUUUUGUGGAUAAAAUGAUGCAUGUAUCUUCAGCAAAUAGAACGAAUACAUUGAGUAACGCAAAUCUAGCACCUUUAUUAGAAAAACCAUGGGAUCCAGUGUCCACUAGUUUAAUGCUGUAUAAACCAAAGAAACUACCGGGAACUCCUAUUAUACUGAUUGUGCCAUCAGGUACAGCAGUGUCCAAGAUGGUACAAAAAUGGACGAAAUUACUUACCAAUUUAGCUACAGUUAUUACUAUACAGACGAGCUUUGGUUCAACUGGUCAUAGAAUGACCAUUCCCAGUAUAUUGGACCAACUUUUUGCAAUUACUAGGGGUAAAAUCCAAGAUAUAAGAGAAGAAUAUCCUGGUAAACAUAUCAUACUCGUUGGAUUCAAUAGUGGAGCGGCAUUGGCAAUGCAAGUAGCCCAAGUUGAGCCAGUUUUAUGUGUUGUUAGUAUAGGAUUUUCUCUUUUAACAGUUCAAGGUUUUAGGGGUGAACCAGAUGAUGCAAUUUUAGAGCUUCAGUGCCCUGUAUUGUUUGUAAUUGGACAGCUGUCUAAUACUUCCAAUCAAGAAGAUCUUGAAAAUUUGAGAGAACAUAUGCGCGUUGAAACGGGCCUCCUAGUAGUUGGUUGUGCUGAUGAUUAUCUAAGAAUAACUAAGAAAAAGAAGCGUCAAGAAGGGAUUACUCAGAGUAUUGUCAAUAGAUGUGUUGUGGACGAGAUUGGAGAAUUUGUUAGCGGCUUAAUCCUUUCCCCCUAUCCCCCUCAAGUCAGACCACCUUCCGUCCAUAUUCCUUCAGAGAUUCCUGUAAAAAAAGGUAAUGCAGAACGCAAACGCUUCAACUCUAAUACAAGCUCUUUGGACAGCGAACCUUCUUCUCCAACGCCUAUUAGGAUAACCAGACCAGUAGGUAGACCACCCGGAUCCAAGACUAAAAACAAGCUGGAAACAAAAUGGGCACAAAUGUGUGCUCAAGGUAAUGCAUCGGCAAAUCCUACUUCAUCCAGUCCAACAUCUCCUCUACUUUAUCCAACAACUCCCGACACUUCAUCUAAUGACAGUUGUCACACCGACAAACCAUCUCAGCACUUUUCACCUUCCAAACAACCUGAUCAAUCCAACACGCCCCUAAAAAAAAUUAAAACUCUGAAACCGAUUGCAAACACAGAAAGAAUAGUAUCACCAGUGAAGAAUCAAUCACAACCAGCACGAUCUCAAGGAUUUAGUACGGGUAGAAACGUGGUCCAAGGAAACUCUAGUGUGACGAAUUUACUCCAAGGUGGGAUUAAAACGAUAUGCCCAUCCCCAACUCCUUCAAAUUUAGGGAUAAAAGUAUUAGAAAACGUCACACUCAACUGUACUGGUGGAAAACUGUAUCCGAAUAGGACUAUCGAUUUAUCAAAGUUAACUCUACUAAAUUCGACGAAAUCGGCUAAUACAUCAGUUAGUAAUGUUCUACUUUUGCCAGAUGGUAAAAUAAAAACAAUAGGGAAUACUAUCAAAGGAACUGGUGGUACUCCUAUAUUAGUAACUUCUACAAAAUCGGUAUCUAGACAAACUACAAAUCCCGGACAAAAAUAUAUAACAUCCAAAAAGCAAUUAAUUGCUCAGAAGCCUCCUACACCUAUAAAAAAAUCUGCUUACAAAUACGCUUCGAACACAGAACCUUCCAUACCCACCUCCAACUUGACGACUCAAGACAUCAUGGAUUUACCUAUAAUAUUUGCGGAUGAUAAUCAGAUUAUUAAUUCAAAUAGUUCUACUACUCCGCAUAUUUCAGCUAACACGUUAAAUAGUGUCUCAAGCGCUGCUGCAACUUCAGUAUCUUCAGUGCCCUUAGUUAGUCAGGUGACAAAGUCAGGGGCGCCUAUGACAAAAUAUAUGUUGCUGAAUAAAAACACUUUGGGCCAAUCGAACUUCAUACUUACACCUAACGUUAAGAAAACUGUUCCAAUUACACAUUUCAAUAAACCUGUGCCAAAGUAUACGAGAAUACUCUUAUCAUCAAAGAAAACCAGCUUGAAUGAAGAGAAAACAGCCCCCAAGGUUCAGACUAAACCACCAGAAAUAACGUUUAAAAAUGUCACUCCUGGGCCAUUAGAAAAGCAACCAACUAUAUCGAGGAUGGACGUAGAUGACAUAGAAAACCUUAUUGCAGCUUCAACGUUGCAUAAACCGAUGUCAGCUAUUGCCGAUGCUAAAAAUAUAAAAAUAAUAUCUAAAAUUUCCAAAGAUAAGGAAGGGGUAUCCCAUAUUAAAGCCGAAGAUAUCAAAAAAAGAUCCUUUUCGCCAAUGAAGAUUGAUAAGAAUGAUCCAGAUUAUGUACCGAUAAAACACUUCAAGUCGGAGUAAUCUGAUCUUAUUAAACGUUUGAAGUUUUUUUUUUAAUUGUGCAUUUAGCUUAUAAAUAUCCGUUACAGUUGUAACAAAAAUAUUUAUUGUUAAAAAUUCAAUACGUUUGAAAUAUAUUGUUCCCAGAAUA